AACCGAGGCGGGACGACUCACUGCCCUCAGUCUGGUCGCUGUAAUUGGUACUGAAGCAUCGUUUGCUUGUACAGGUCGCUGCCAACAUGGUGAGGACUAAAGCCGAUAGUGUUCCUGCAUCGUACAGAAAAGCUGUUGCAGCUUCUGCACCUCGUAAGUCUUUGGGCUCCAGUUCGGCCAACGCGUCCUCGUCCAGCAGCAGCGGCUCGUCCACACCGGCAAAGGGCAAAUAUGCUGGAGGCAACCCGGUGUGUCCCCGUCCAACGCCCACCUGGCAGAAAGGCAUCGGAGAUUUCUUCGGUGGGCCACCGAGGAAACCCGAGAAGGAGAACCUGAAACCUCAGGAGGUGGAGGAUGAUGAGGAGGCUGGAGGCAGCGGGAUGUCAAAGGCCAGCAGGAAGUCCAGACCGCUGCCUGCUGAGGACGAGGAGGACGAUGAAUGAAUCAGUUUGCUGCCUGCGAACAGGCUUCGUGACAUUCUCAUGUACAUCUGUAUAUAACUUCCACUGAAUUCAUUUUGUAUAGUUUAUUAAACAUUUCUUUUUUUAACAUUGUCUUUAA